UCAGUUAGUAAACCGCUUCGUUUAGUUCCACACUCACCUUCAACUACUAAUCGUGCAAAUCGUGUUGUCGUGCUCGUGUUACGUGUGUUCUGUACGUGAUUUUGAUCGAUUUAUUAUCGAUAAUUUGCUAUCGAUUAAUCAAUUAUCGACAUAAUGGAGACGAGCGUGAUUGCCAGACAAGCGUACCAUGAAUCAACAGCCCCUGUGAGUAGUUUUGAGAUUUUCGUUUUGGAAAAAAGUUGUGUGAUUGUGGACGAUAUUGAUGAAUUGUGAGUGGAUAAUGUUCGAAGAUCAAGAGAGUGGAUCGUCGAAUUGGCCACAAAUAUGGAAACUGAUGAUAGUAAUAAACACCGAAUAAUAAAGGAUAAUUAUUUUCUUAAAUUUGUCCAUUCCGUAUUUUUGAGAGGGUUCGGGGAGCCGGGCCGGCCGCCAACGAGAUGAGGGUGGUGCAGACCCAAGGUCAGAAGUUGCAGGACAAGGUCAACGUGUUGGGUCAAGGUCAAGUGGAGACUCAAGGUCACCGCAUUGUCAAGAUCAGCAACAAGGACGGUGAGAGGGUUCUGCAGUUCUUGCGGAAAUUCUUCUUCAUGGACGAGCCUCUGAAUAUCGCCGUCGGUCUCCUCGAUGAACCGGGAUCAACUUGUUCAGAGCUUGAACAGUACUGUAUUGACUCUAUUCCUGAUGGAGUCUCGUUCAUGGCGGUGAACUCCCGCGGAGAGGUGAUCGGCAUCUGCCUGAACGGCGUGGAUGUGCGAGGCAAGAGUGAGGACGAGGACAGCAAGAACUUCGAGUGCACCAACCCCCGCUUCGGCAAGAUCCUCGGUCUCUUGCAGGACGUCGGCAAGCAGUCGGAUGUCUUCGGCCAGUUCCCCGAUGUUGACCGAAUGCUGGAAGUGCGCAUUAUCUCGGUGGAUGAUGCUUACAGAGGGCAGGGCAUUGCUAAGGCUCUCAUCGAGAAAACCAGACUGGAAGGCGAGAAAAUGGGGAUUCCUCUGAUGCGGGUGGACUGCACCAGCGCUUUCUCAGCGAAAGCAGUCGCGCGACUCGGCUUCCAUUGUGUCUACACACUCCAGUACGCCGACUACCUUGACAAGCAAGGUCAGCGUGUGUUCGACCCACCCUCUCCACACACCUGCUGCAAGACCUUCGUUCGUCAUCUCAACUAGGACAAACCAGCCUGCAACACAAUGACAGUUUCAAGUUUGGGACGAAUACUAUUUGUGGCUAGUUUUCUGCGUAAAUCUGAGAAAAAUUGUCAAGGUUUGAAUUCUCUGACUGCCCAAAUUGUUCUGCUCACAUCGUUAUCUUAACAGAAGCAAGCAAAUUUACAAUGGAAGAGUAGGCCAAUUAAUCCGAUUUGUGGCUGGUUUUGUGUGUAUAGAUGUGAAACUAACCAACAAAAUCAGAUUAUCACUGAUUCCCCAAAUUGAACUAAAACAAACAAAUUUGUAAGACUAUAGCCAUUUUCAUAUGUGGUAGGCUUUGUGUACAAAUCUGGAAAUACUAUCCACCAAAAUAUGAGUAUUAGAUAGUAUGUUUACGUGCCAAAUUGUAUUGUUACAAUCAAACUUCAACUGGCCUGAGUGAAAUCGUUAAAUAUGUUGACUAUAUUUCAAUAUUGUGUUGUGAAACUAUCAUAGUUUUUGUUGACAGAAAUUCUUAUUAAAGUAUAAAUUGAGUGUUACAUAAAUUUCGUUACAUAUUUAAUAGGAAAAAUUGUUAUUUUUAUUCUUAAGGUCAAGAAUGAGAAACUUGUCAUGAUCUAUAAGUAUAGCCAGAGACUUGGAUUUUAGUGUAGACUUACAUAAAUAGAAAACACUUAAAAUUUGUUGUGUUCAUCAAGAAUCAGUAUAUCAUAAGUUUGAAAUUAUAAUUGAUGAUCUGAUUAUGGAGUUUAUAAUCGUUAUGAUAAUACAAAGAAUUAUUGCACUAUAACAAUAACAAAAAAUCUAACAGUAAUAGAGACCCUUAUGAACAUUUUAUACCGUAUCUAAUAAAAUAAAUAAAGAUACAUCUGACUUAUAAGUGGCUUCAACGGAAUCAAUACGGGAAUAUUGAAAUUUAUUAUAAUGGAAUAUUGAAAGGUGGGGUGAUGUAUAAUUUUCAUUAAAAAAAUUAAUAAAUUCCCUUCUAUGAGAGAUUUGAGAGUUUUCAAAAGUCUAUAGGCCAAUUCAUUGAUAUUGCUCUUGUACAACCUAGGUAGUCUGUUAAUACAUUGGGUGGGUUUUAUCAUUCAUCAUAACAUUCAAUGAGGAAACGCUGUAUCUUUACAAUAGAAUAUUCAUAUGAGAUGCAUCAGAAUACUCACUUGACUCAAUCAUUUUCCAAGUUGUCGUAAAAGCAAUCUUAGUUUGUUGCUCUAGGAUUUAUCAAGUAGGCUACCUGAUAAGAUGGAUGUUGUUUCUACACUUUCACAGCUCUAUGGAGGAAAAUCUUAUUUUAUAAGUAUUAAAAACUGUAAAGUUAAAAUCAUAUCUUUUGAAUUCAUAACGGGUAUAGAGGGACUUUAUGCCUGUAUUUGAAGUUCUACUAUCCUAUGCCUUUUUCCAUAAGAAGUCUCUCAUUGUUUUGAGAUAGCCACAUUCUCAUCAUCUUUUUGUCAUGUGAUAUAAUGAUAAACUGUUGAAACAUUAAGUUUGAAGCUUGUAUAGCUUUAUAGGAGUUAGAGUAUUUAGACUAAAAAUAUUUUAGAGCAGGUUCCAUCUUAAUUUCUCUUUGUCAUCUUAUUUUUGAUCUUAGCCUCUACUGAUACAGGUUGAAAAUAAUCUCAAGUAUUCCCACCGAUCUUUGAUAGCAAAAUCUUGAAGCUUGUUUGUUCUGAUUAUGACUUCUCUUCCACAGCUUCUAGAAUUAUUUUCCCAAGUUCAUAGAUCGGCUAAUCAUGAGAUCAAUUUUAUAGCUUUGAUAUUUGAUUGUGAAUGCAUGUCAAUUAUUGUAUGUUGAGUAUUGAAAAUUUAUCAUGGGACCUGUUAUUCACUUUUCUAAACUUUAUAAUAAUGAUAAUUGAUACAUUCGAAUUAAACUUAUACUAACUACUUCUAUGUUACAAAUAAUUAUGUUUGCCAGAUAGUUUUUAUACAAAAUCAUUGCUUAGUAAUAAGAGAAACAUAAUAUAAUGUAAGCUUCGAUGAAUAAUAUUUGGGAAUACAAUUGCUUUUCUAUUGAUUCCAUUUUUUCAGACUAAUCUAUUGUUGUAUUGAUUGUAGAAACUUCUAAAAUAGUUGAUCAAGAAUAGUAUUUUUAAAAAUUCAUUGUACCUUUAUUUUUAAUGCAAUCACUUGUUGUAGUUGGCCAAAAAUUAUAGUUCAAAAUUUCAUUGAGUUGUUCCUUCAAAUCUUCAAGAACAUAAAAACCUUUUUAUUGAGACUCAGGAAACUUUAAAAAGUGCAGAAAACUUAAAAUUGAAAUUUUUUUGAAAGCAAUUGAAAUUUUUGUUGGUAGGGCAAGGAAAGUAGAAACCAACAUGAUAAUUACCGUAACGUGUACUGAGAUAACCAUAAAAUAAUUAUUUGGGCACUAUUACUUGAUAAUGCGAUGGAAACACAAAACCUGUCAUGUCUUCUAGGAAAAUGAAAACGGUACUAUAGUGAUUUGAUAUAAUAGAAAUAAAAGGUACGGUAAUAUAAAUGUUGAUGUUCAAAAUAUCGUAGAAAAAUAUAAUUAUUGUACUACGGUUAGAAUGAAUGAUGCUAUAAUGUGUCAUUAUUUACUUCUCAGAGACUAAUUUCAUAUUUUCAAUUCUUUCAAUAUAUUUCAGUAAAUUUUCUUACUCUUUCAAAUCUAUGUAAUAACAAAGAAGUACCUGCCUGCAUGUAAAUCUGUAAAUAUGUUUGAUAAUAUAAGUAAUGCUUCUUCCUCCAAUGACAUGAUAAAAUUCCAUUUAAAAAAAAUAAGUGUCAUAAUAUUUUGCCAGGAGCUGAUCCUGAAGAUAAGCUUCUACUGUUAUUUUUAAUAAUGUUGUUCAGAAUGAUAGAUUUAUAAACUUCAAAUGAGUGGGAAAUCGAUCAAGUUUUAAAAAAGCAUUCUGAGCUGAAAAGAUUACGAUCAAAAGCAUUUCGUUUUAGUCAAAUUAUGAUUAUUUUCUAUUAGAAAAUUAUUAUUCAUAUUUAUGAGAAUGUUGAGCAUGUUGCUGCUCAGAAUGAUUACAAUGAAAGCAAUGAGACUGAUGUUGAUGAUGAAGAUUAUAAUGAAAGAUUUAUGUGUAUAUUCAUUCAUUUUCAUAGAUUAGUUUAAUGAUUUAAAUAAUGUUGAUGAUAAUAAAACUUCUGUGAUAUAUAAACU